AUGGCAUCUGGAGGAUACGCGCACAACCCGAAUGGGAAUUGCCGCCUGUGCAAGGACAAGGACAGCGCGGACGAAUGGAUGGUCGAGUGCUCAAAGUGUUGGAACUGGUUCCACAUGACCUGCACCAAACUUGAGAAAAGACCCUCCACUAAGGACCUCUGGCACUGCCCAAAGUGCAAAGAGGAAAUAAUGGAGCUCCAGCAACUAAGAAAGGAGCUGGAGGAUCAAAAGAAGAAGACUACCAGGAGUGUGUCCAAGGAACGCGGACCAGCAGACACUGUAGAGCUGCUAAGACGCCAAUUUGAGGCACAAAUGGAAAGCCAAAAAUUGCGUGAUGAGGCAUUUCAAAAAGCCAUGAUUGAGAUGGCAACCAAAAUGCACCAAGUAAAAAUGGACCCCGAAGCGGGACAACAAAUGGCUCCGACAAUCAAAUUGCCGGAUGAAAUUACAAACUUACUGAGGAGGCAAACAGCAACACCCCUCCCAGUUUUCAACGGAAAUUACAAGGAUUGGCCAAAUUUCAAACGGCUUUACGAACAAAGCAAACGAGAAGGUCAAUUCAGCGAUACCGACAAUAUAAACAGACUUAUGGCAAGUCUAGGCAAGGUGGACUUCGUAGUGACUCUCGGAAAUUUGGUGUCCAACAUGUCCAUGAUACAGUGCGAGAAUUAUUUAACUAAUCCGUUGCAGAUGGCUGAACUUGUUUGCCGCUUACCACUGAACUUAAGAGAACAAUGGGCGGACAAGGAAGCAGAAGCAAUGAUUCCGCAAGAAGGACGACCACGGCAAAAACUCACACUAAAGGAAUUACACGAGUUUUUGAAACCGCAACAGCAAAGAGCAACACUUCUUAUUGCACAAAAGGUGUGUCAAUCUGAGAAGGAAAACCCGAAAAAUGAGCGCCAAUCAAGAGUCAAUAUGCACGCUGAAACAACAUCCAGAUCCCAAGCCAAAUGUUCCUGUUGUAGCCAACAACAUUGGAUAGUAGCAUGCCCGGUCUUUAAAAAGAUGAGUGUGGAAAAAAGACGAGAACUGGCACUAGAGAAACGCAUGUGCUUUAACUGUUUACGCCAAGGACACUCCUUUAGAAACUGUCAAAUGAGGCCAAACUGCAGAACAGAAAGAUGUACAGCACAUCAUCACACAUUUCUUCACAUCAGACCAAAAACAAAUGAUGAAAAACGAGCCUCCCAAAAGGAGGAAACAAAACAAAAAAUCAAGGAAUCUUCAGGACAUUCAAAAGACAACAAGAAGAACCAAGAUAAGAAGGAAGUGAAAGAAAUAGAUGCGCAAGCUCCAACAUCGUCCACCUCGAAGGAACAAGAAGAUGAAGCUGUACGCACUAACAUACACGCUACCAAAAGAAAUAAGGUCUACUACCAAAUACUGCCGGUUACACUUUAUGCGCAAGGAAGACAAUUAGAAACCUUCGCAUUUUUGGAUCACGGCUCAUCGAACAGUCUAAUCCUCGACGACUUGGCCAAAGAUUUAGGUUUGCAAGGGCCAGUAUCACCAUUAUGCAUAAAAUGGACAAAUGACUCCGUACACGAAGAUAACGAAAGCCAAAACGUAUGUUUCAAAAUAUCAGGCGAUAACAAAAUUCGAUACCAAAUGGAAAGUGUACGUACAGUAAAAAAAUUAUCCUUACCACGACAGACACUUGACUACAAUGAUCUUCAUGAAAACUACAACCAUCUUAAAAACCUUCCUAUUCAAGGAUACGAGAAUGCUGAGCCGACAUUACUUAUUGGACUUGAUCAUCCCCGACUAUUAACAGCAACAAAACAGAGAGCAAGCAAAGUCGGUCCAGUUGCCGCUAAAACACCAAUAGGAUGGGUCAUUUACGGAAGGACCAACUCUCGACAUCAAGGAGAAAUAUAUUCCUGUGUAGUAGAGGAGCAAGACUCACUACGAGAAGAAAUGAGGAAAUACUUCUCAACGGAAGAGUUUGGCGUUAAGGUUAGCACCACUAACCAACAGAGCGAGGAGGAUAGCCGAGCUGAAAAAUUGAUAAAAGAAACAAUGAAGUAUGACGGGAGUCAAUACGAAAUUGGCCUUUUAUGGAAACAAGCCAGGCCCAUAAUGCCAAAAUCAGAAAGCUUCAAGGGAGCAUUAAAGAGGUUAGAAUACACUGAAACUAAGAUGAGGAAAAACCCUGAGUUUGCCCAAUGGUACACGGACAAAAUUAAGGAAUACGUUGAAAAGGGAUACGCACGAAAAUUAACAGCAAACGAGAUAACACUAACAACCGAUAAAACAUACUAUUUGCCUCAUUUCGCUGUCCUGCCAAGGUACAAGGAUUAUGAAUUACUCUCUGGUCCCGAUAACUUGACAUCGCUCUUUGGAAUUUUACUGAGAUUCCGAGAAGGAAAGUGCGCAGUAGCAGGAGACAUCCAAGAGAUGUUCUCACAAAUUAAAAUACGCAAAGAGGACCAGGAGGCUCAACGAUUCUUAUGGAGGGACGGUAAGGCUUCAAAUACCAUGGGACACUACGUAAUGCAGGUAAUGACGUUUGGAGCAACCUGCUCACCUGCAUGUGCCCAAGCAGUAAAGAAUGCAAACGCAGAGAACUACCGAGAUUGCGAUCCGGUGGCAGCGAACGCCAUUAUAAAACAACACUAUGUUGACGAUUAUCUGGACAGUUUCUCGACAGCGGAGGAAGCCAGUGCAGUCACGUUCGGAGUUAUAAAAAUUCAUGAAGCUGCACACUUCACACUAAGAAACAUCAUUUCAAACGAUGCCGAAAUGCUGGACGUUCUACCUGAACGCAACGUCGCGAGACAAUCCACCCAAAAGGAAUUUAUUGAAAAAACUGCAACAUCAGAGAAAGUCCUCGGAGUAUACUGGGACACGACCCAAGACACAAUUGGGUAUAGAAUAGCAGACUUCAAGUCCAACGCCAUACCGACCAAAAGAGAAGUCCUCUCAACAAUUGCCAGAAUCUUCGACCCUCUUGGAUUAAUAGCGCAUAUUACGAUUGGAGGUAAAUUACUAAUGCAACAAGCCUGGAAAGAAGGUAUAGACUGGGAUGAGAAAAUAUCUACGAAAUUAAUGGAAGAUUGGACGAUUUGGACAAAUAGACUAUCCACAAUAUCACAUCUGAGAAUUUCUAGGUGUUUCUCUCCCAACAUACCGGACGCAAAAUCAUUGGAAUUGCAUAUCUUUGUUGAUGCAUCAGAAUCAGCGUUCGCCGCGGCAGCAUAUAUACGAGCAGAAACCUUACACGGAUACGACGUAAGCCUAAUAGCAGCAAAAACGAGAGUUGCACCAAAUAAAGCCAUGUCAAUUCCAAGGCUAGAACUUCAAGCCGCGGUGUUAGGCACACGAUUGAAAACAACCGUUUUAAAGGAACUUCGAUUGAAUAUUACAAACGUAACCAUGUGGACAGAUAGCACCACUGUACUCUCCUGA